AUGCCUAAGCGAAGGUUCGUAUUUACUCCCAGCUUGAAAGUUGAAUUUCCGUAUUUAAGAGAUAGUGAUGAAAUCGGAAAAGUUUUAUGUAAUGUAUGUAAAUCAGUUUUUUCAAUAGAAAACGGUGGUCGUUCAGAUAUAACACAACAUGCUAAACAAAAGAAACAUUUAUUGGCCGUAUCAAGCAGUUCUUCAAAUAAGGUAACGACUUUUUUCACUAAUGUACAGUCAACAAAUGAAAGCAAACGUAUUGCGGCGGAAGAGGGUCUUUUUGCAUAUCAUACUAUCAUACACAAUCAUUCAUUCAGGUCUAUGGAUUGUACAACAUCAAUUAUAAAAAAAAUUUACGAAAAAAAAUUUUCGUGUGCUCGUACAAAAUGUGAAUCUAUAAUUGUGAAGGUAAUAGCUCCUUUUGCCAUUCAACAGAUGUUAGAUGAACUAAAAUCCGUUAAAUUUUUAACAAUUAUGGUGGACACAUCAAACCAUAAAAAUUUAACACUGGUUCCAAUUCUGAUUCGGUAUUUCGAUGAAGAUGAACUUUUUGACGAAUUUAAUCAUGUGCUAAAUGUAAUGAAGGUUAAAAUGCAAAACUGGAAAAAUGGUUCAAAAACCGAAGAUAGGUGGUGUGAAAUAUUUAAAAUUCUAGAAAAAAAUAACAUUUUAAUUAAAUAUUUUACGGUUAUUUUAGAGUAUUCGAUGGCUAUUCCAGGUACUAACGCGUCGGUAGAAAGAGUAUUUUCUAUUACAAAUGUUUUAUGGACAGAUGAGAAAAAUCGAUUUCUUGUGGACACAAUUAGAUCGAUAAUAAUCGUAAAACAACAUUUUAAAAAUGUUUCAUGUACAGAAUUUCAUACAUUUCUUUUAGAACAUCCACAAUUAUUAAAACUAAUUAGUUCUUCAGAAAAAUAUGAAAAAUCAUAUAGUGAAGACAUCUCUGAACAAUCGUCAUCAAAAUGA